UGGGACACUGAGGACAGACAGGGAGGGUGUCUCCGUUUCUGAGGGAGCAUUUUUUCGGUCGUCGUUGCCGGCAUACCAGCUCAAAAUAUACCGUGAGUUAAAUUUCAGGCUGUUUAGACGCUGGAGAGGACCGCGUUUCUCUUCAGACAGGAAUAUGUUUAAGGUUUUCCCUACAGAUGGCUCAGACUGGUAACUGCUGCAGUGUUUUUUGGAAUAUCACCAGUUCUGAGGAUUAUUACAGGACAACUGGAUAAAAUCUCCCAAAUCACCAAUCCUUCCUCAUGAGGAAAGAUGGGGAAUGGAUUAUCAGAACAACCUAGCUUCCUCUCAAAUGUGCCGUUUUUCCAGUCGUUUCACAUCGCCAUCCUUGGGCUUGACUCCGCUGGGAAGACCACCGUUCUCUACAGACUGCAGUUCAAUGAGUUUGUGAACACUGUUCCCACCAAAGGUUUCAAUGCUGAGAAGGUGAAAGUGUCUCUUGGCGGCCACAGGACUGUGACGUUCCACUUCUGGGAUGUUGGUGGCCAGGAGAAGCUACGCCCCCUGUGGAAGUCGUAUACACGAUGCACGGACGGCAUCAUAUUCGUGGUGGACUCUGUGGAUGCGGAGCGCAUGGAGGAGGCCAAAACGGAGCUCCAUAAAAUCGCCAAGACCUCUGAGAACCAGGGGGUGCCCCUGCUGGUGGUAGCCAACAAACAGGACUUGAGGCACUCUUUGGGACUUGCUGAGAUUGAGAAGUUGCUGGCACUGAAAGAACUGGGCCCUGCAACUCCCUGGCACCUGCAGCCAACCUGCGCCAUCAUUGGCGAUGGACUCAGGGAGGGCCUGGAGAGACUCCAUGACAUGAUCCUUAAAAGGAGAAAGGUCUUGCGGCAGCAGAGGAAAAAGAGAUAAACUCUUAAUGAGACUUGCCUGCUGUUAUAUGAAGGAAACAAAUGAUCGUGUCCUGGGUGGACACAGGCAUCCACUGCAGGUCCAGAUUCAAAAUGCUGAGUUUUAUCAGUCCAAAAUUGAGACUAAGGAGUCCCCGUCUUGGUCUUGUGAUGAUGCUGUUGAUGAGGAAGUGACACUCAAAGGAAUACAGUAUGAAGAUGAGAAAGUUUCAGACAUGUGUGGAUAUGUUAUAAGAAGUAUAUAUGGAUUAAAAAGCACUGAGGGUUUGGGGUCUGGAAGGGUGAUUAGAAGUUAAGGAUGCUGUAUGUUUCAUGAAUGGCUGUUCCAAACAAUUUUACCAAAAAUAAUUUAAGAAAAGGCUUUGACUUGUUGAAGGGUUAUUUGGUAAAUGAUUGAACAUUGUUACACCAGAGGGGCAAUGAAAUAUACAUCAGUUUUAUUUUACUGUUUUAUGUUUAUAUAACUUGUUCUUUUUUUUACACUGGACUUUCAAUGUGAAAGAAAAGUAUUAUCAUGCAUUAUUGCAUUAUUAUCGAUUUGCUUGCUGUCUUAUAUAUUUUCUUUUUUUUAAAGCACUUUAGAGUAUUACUUCAUAUGAAGUUUACAGUUUUUUAAAUAGAGCAUAUUGUGUUGGAUUUUACAGAAAGUUUGGGCAAAAUACAACAGAUGCUACUGUAGUUGGUCCACAUUGGCCACAUUGUCAUUAGACAGGUUAUGCAUAAUGUUUUGCUUAAUAAAAACAUAUUUAGAGCAA